CAUUUUCACUUCGCGAGAGGAGAAAUCCUCUGACCUCGAAAGCAGGUUCUCGCACCCAAUCUCUCCAUAUAGCAAACGAACACUAAAAUUGAACCUUCAAUAUCGAACUAGCAUCACUACUUCAGUCUCUAUCCAAGUCAAUUUGAAUUUCCAGUUUCAACAUCUCAUUCAAUCUCAAACCCUAGAAAUCUACAACCGCCAUGGAUAUCCGCUUCCCUUUCUCUCCGGCGGAGGUUGCCAAAGUCCGCCUCGUCCAGUUCGGAAUCCUCAGCCCGGACGAGAUCAGGCAAAUGUCUGUGGUGCAAAUCGAGCACGGUGAGACGACGGAGAGAGGAAAACCGAAGGUUGGAGGGUUGAGCGACCCUCGCCUUGGGACUAUUGACAGGAAGAUGAAGUGUGAGACGUGUACUGCUAGUAUGGCUGAGUGUCCUGGUCACUUUGGCCACUUGGAGCUUGCGAAACCUAUGUUUCACAUCGGGUUCUUGAAGACUGUGUUGACUAUCAUGCGUUGUGUUUGCUUUAACUGCUCUAAAAUUCUAGCAGAUGAGCAAGAUCAUAAGUUUAAGCAAGCUUUGAGGAUCAGGAAUCCCAAACUUAGGCUGAGAAAAAUUUUAGAUGCUUGCAAAAACAAAUCCAAGUGUGAUGGUGGUGAUGAAAUUGACCUUCCUGGUCAAGAUACAGAAGAGCCUCUUAAAAAGAGCCGCGGUGGCUGUGGUGCUCAGCAACCAAAGAUUACUAUUGAGGGGAUGAAAAUGAUUGCUGAGUAUAAAGCUCAAAGGAAGAAAAGUGAUGAUCAGGAACAGCUUCCUGAACCUGUAGAGAGGAAACAGACUCUGUCUGCAGAAAGGGUUCUCAGUGUUCUGAAAAGGAUAAGCGAUGAGGACUGCCAGUUGCUAGGCUUGAAUCCAAACUAUGCCCGUCCUGACUGGAUGAUUUUACAAGUUCUUCCAAUUCCUCCUCCACCUGUGAGACCUUCUGUAAUGAUGGACACAUCCUCCAGGAGUGAGGAUGAUUUAACUCAUCAGCUAGCCAUGAUCAUCAGGCACAAUGAGAAUCUGAAGAGACAGGAGAGGAAUGGAUCUCCUGCACAUAUUAUUUCAGAGUUUGCUCAGUUGUUGCAAUUUCACAUAGCCACAUAUUUUGAUAAUGAGUUGCCUGGAUUGCCAAGGGCUACUCAAAGAUCUGGAAGGCCAAUCAAAUCAAUCUGUAGCAGGCUUAAAGCAAAAGAAGGUCGGAUUAGAGGUAACUUGAUGGGGAAAAGAGUUGAUUUUUCUGCUCGAACGGUAAUUACACCAGACCCAACCAUUAACAUCGAUCAACUGGGAGUACCAUGGAGUAUUGCUUUGAAUCUUACAUACCCUGAGACUGUGACUCCAUACAAUAUUGAGAGGUUGAAGGAACUGGUUGAGUAUGGACCUCAUCCUCCGCCUGGAAAAACUGGUGCCAAGUAUAUCAUUCGUGAUGAUGGGCAAAGGCUUGAUCUCCGAUAUAUAAAGAAAAGUAGCGAUCACCAUUUGGAGCUUGGAUACAAGGUGGAGCGACAUUUGAACGAUGGAGACUUUGUUCUCUUCAAUCGUCAGCCUAGUCUUCAUAAAAUGUCUAUCAUGGGUCAUAGAAUCAAAAUUAUGCCUUACUCUACAUUCCGGCUUAACUUGUCAGUAACUUCUCCAUAUAAUGCUGAUUUUGAUGGUGAUGAAAUGAACAUGCAUGUUCCUCAGUCAUUUGAAACUAGAGCUGAGGUGUUGGAGCUGAUGAUGGUACCAAAAUGCAUAGUGUCCCCACAAGCAAAUAGGCCCGUAAUGGGAAUUGUCCAAGAUACACUCCUAGGAUGCAGAAAAAUCACCAAGAGAGAUACCUUCAUUUCAAAGGAUGUUUUUAUGAACAUAUUGAUGUGGUGGGAAGAUUUUGACGGGAAAGUUCCUACUCCCACAAUAUUGAAGCCAGAACCAUUGUGGACUGGGAAACAAGUUUUCAAUCUUAUAAUUCCUAAACCAAUAAAUCUGAUCAGAUAUUCUAGCUGGCACAAUGAGAGUGAAAGAGGACCCAUAACCCCUGGGGAUACGAUGGUUAGAAUUGAAAAGGGGGAACUACUUACUGGAACUCUAUGCAAAAAGACUCUUGGAACAUCCACCGGAAGUCUGAUUCAUGUCAUUUGGGAAGAGGUUGGCCCUGAUGCAGCACGUAAAUUCCUUGGGCAUACUCAGUGGCUUGUAAACUACUGGCUUUUGCAGCAUGCUUUUAGCAUUGGAAUAGGGGAUACAAUUGCUGACGCUUCAACUAUGGAGACUAUUAAUCAGACUAUUUCACAAGCUAAGGAGAAAGUGAAACAACUCAUCAGGGAAGCUCAAGAGAAGAAAUUAGAGGCUGAACCUGGUCGGACAAUGAUGGAGUCUUUUGAAAAUAGAGUGAACCAGACUCUGAAUAAAGCUCGUGAUGAUGCGGGAAAUAGUGCCCAAAAAAGUUUAUCUGAGAGCAAUAAUCUGAAAGCUAUGGUGACAGCUGGUUCUAAAGGAAGUUUUAUCAACAUAUCUCAGAUGACUGCUUGUGUGGGCCAGCAGAAUGUUGAGGGUAAGCGAAUUCCAUAUGGGUUUGUAGACCGGACAUUGCCUCACUUUACAAAAGAUGAUUAUGGGCCUGAAAGUCGUGGCUUUGUGGAGAACUCAUAUCUUCGUGGGCUGACCCCUCAAGAGUUCUUUUUUCAUGCCAUGGGUGGUAGGGAAGGUCUUAUUGAUACUGCAGUGAAGACAUCUGAAACUGGGUACAUUCAGAGGCGGCUUGUGAAGGCUAUGGAGGAUAUCAUGGUUAAGUAUGAUGGCACAGUUAGGAACUCAUUGGGGGAUGUUAUACAAUUUCUCUAUGGUGAAGACGGUAUGGAUGCUGUGUGGAUAGAAACGCAGAAGCUGGAUUCACUUAAAAUGAAAAAAACAGAUUUUGAUAGGGCUUUUAGGUAUGAAUUUGAUGAUGAAUACUGGAAGCCUACUUACAUGCUUGAAGAGCCUGUAGAAGACUUGAAAACGAUUAGAGAAUUUCGUAAUGUGUUUGAGGCUGAAGUCCAAAAGCUUGAAGCUGAUAGGCAUCAACUUGCAACUGAAAUUGCACCUACUGGUGAUAGUUCUCUGCCCUUACCUGUUAACCUUAAGAGGCUUAUCUGGAAUGCUCAGAAGACCUUUAAGGUUGACUUCCGAAGGCCUUCUGAUAUGCAUCCAAUGGAAAUUGUAGAAGCUAUUGAUAAGCUCCAAGAGCGACUUAAAGUGGUUCCUGGUGAGGAUCUUUUAAGCCAAGAAGCUCAGAAGAAUGCUACUCUCCUAUUUAACAUUCUGGUUCGCAGCACUUUUGCCAGUAAAAGGGUCCUGGAAGAAUACAGGCUUUCUCGUGAGGCAUUUGAGUGGGUUGUCGGAGAAAUAGAAUCAAGGUUCCUGCAAUCACUUGUAGCCUCUGGUGAAAUGAUUGGUUGUGUGGCAGCACAAUCAAUUGGUGAGCCUGCUACCCAGAUGACUCUCAACACUUUCCACUAUGCUGGUGUCAGUGCUAAGAAUGUCACCUUGGGUGUUCCCAGGUUAAGGGAAAUCAUUAAUGUGGCUAAGAGAAUUAAAACACCUUCUCUGUCUGUUUACUUGAAACCUGACGUCAGUAAAACUAAAGAGAGAGCCAAGACUGUCCAGUGUGCUUUAGAAUAUACCACUCUCAGGAGUGUGACUCAAGCUACAGAGGUUUGGUAUGAUCCCGACCCAAUGAGCACAGUUAUUGAUGAGGAUGUUGAUUUCGUGAAGUCCUACUAUGAAAUGCCUGAUGAAGAAGUUGCGCUUGAAAAAAUCUCACCCUGGUUGCUUCGCAUAGAAUUGAAUCGUGAAAUGAUGGUGGAUAAGAAGUUGAGUAUGGCAGACAUUGCUGAGAAGAUUAACCUUGAAUUUGAUGAUGAUUUGACAUGUAUUUUUAAUGAUGACAAUGCUGAGAAACUUAUACUUCGUAUCCGUAUUAUGAACGCCGAAGGGCCCAAGGGAGAGAUUCAGGAUGAUACUGCUGAAGAUGAUGUUUUCUUAAAGAAAAUAGAAACCAACAUGCUGACUGAAAUGACCUUGCGAGGUAUCGCAGACAUCAACAAAGUGUUUAUCAAAAAUACUAAAAUUCAGAAGUUUGAUGAGGUUGAAGGGUUUAAGCCUCAUGAAGAAUGGAUGCUUGAUACUGAAGGUGUCAACCUUCUAGCUGUAAUGUGCCAUGAAGAUGUUGAUGCAUCGAGGACUACAAGCAACCACUUGAUUGAAGUUAUUGAAGUUCUUGGUAUUGAGGCAGUUCGGCGGUCUCUGCUGGAUGAAUUGCGUGUUGUCAUUUCUUUUGAUGGUUCUUAUGUCAAUUAUAGGCACCUGGCUAUCCUUUGUGAUACCAUGACUUAUCGGGGACAUUUGAUGGCAAUUACGCGUCACGGUAUCAACCGAAAUGAUACAGGCCCUAUGAUGAGAUGCUCAUUUGAAGAGACUGUUGAUAUUCUGCUUGAUGCAGCUGUAUAUGCUGAGUCUGAUCACUUGAGGGGCGUCACUGAAAAUAUUAUGUUAGGUCAACUUGCCCCCAUCGGCACUGGUGAGUGCGCCUUGUAUCUUAAUGAUGAGAUGCUGAAAAAUGCUAUUGAGCUCCAGCUACCUAGCUAUAUGGAUGGUCUUGAUUUUGGCAUGACACCUGGCCGUUCCCCAAUAUCUGGAACUCCGUAUCAUGAAGGCAUGAUGUCUCCAAGUUAUAUGUUAAGCCCAAAUCUACGCUUGUCUCCUACCAAUGAUGCACAGUUUUCACCUUAUGUUGGUGGGAUGGCAUUUUCUCCUACUUCAUCUCCUGGUUACAGUCCUUCAUCUCCAGGUUACAGUCCAUCAUCACCAGGAUACAGUCCCACAUCUCCAGGGUACAGCCCCACUUCCCCUGGGUACAGCCCCACAUCACCUGGGUACAGCCCCACCUCUCCAACAUACAGUCCUAGCUCUCCAGGAUAUAGUCCUACAAGCCCAGCUUAUUCACCAACCAGUCCAUCUUACUCCCCCACAUCACCGAGUUAUAGCCCUACAUCACCCAGCUACAGUCCCACCUCUCCAAGCUACAGCCCCACAUCUCCCAGCUAUAGCCCCACUUCACCGGCGUACAGUCCCACUUCACCAGCAUAUAGCCCCACUUCACCGGCUUAUAGUCCUACUUCCCCAUCAUACAGUCCUACUUCACCAUCAUACAGUCCUACUUCGCCUUCCUACAGCCCAACAUCACCCUCAUAUAGCCCAACAUCUCCAUCAUAUAGUCCUACAUCACCUGCUUAUAGUCCCACAUCUCCUGGGUACAGCCCUACAUCUCCCUCUUACAGCCCAACAUCUCCAUCAUAUAGCCCUACUUCCCCAAGUUACAAUCCACAGUCUGCUAAGUAUAGUCCUUCAUUGGCAUAUUCUCCAAGUAGCCCAAGGUUGUCUCCAUCAAGUCCAUAUAGUCCAACAUCUCCAAACUAUAGCCCGACAUCUCCAUCGUAUUCCCCAACAUCUCCAUCUUAUUCUCCAUCAAGCCCAACUUACAGUCCCAGCAGCCCGUAUAAUUCUGGUGUGAGCCCAGACUAUAGCCCAAGUUCUCCGCAAUUCAGUCCCAGUACGGGUUACUCACCAAGUCAACCUGGUUACUCACCAUCGUCAACUAGCCAGUACACUCCGCAGACGAAUGACAAAGAUGAAAGAGGCAAAGACUGAUGGAGGCGCUCAAUGAGACAAUUUGAGGCAAGACGGAGCAUUCUUCAGUUCUGCCGUGAGGGGACAUUGAGAUGUUCGUGGUCUAUCAGUUUGCUCUGUAUUAAUCACCUAAUAUCAAAAACUUUGUUUGACAUUAAAUUCGAAGAGUUUGUCAACUCUGUCAAAAAUCUUCUUUAGUAGUUGAACAUUUUUUUAAAUCCAGAUUUUGUGUUUGGCUCAUUUUGUUCUCCUAAGUGUCCAUGUAAAUUCUUGGGGACGAAGUUAUAAUUUUAUGACACGGAUGUUAAAAAAUAUAUAUAGAUUUCCAGACAUAGUUCAAAACAAAUGGUAAAUCCUGGUUUAGAGCA